AACGGACUGAAAUAAUUCAAUUUGCCCUGACGACGAGCAAGGCCUUGAUUUACAAGCAUCACUCUGCGGGGUUUAUAAUUCUUUCGCUUUACUGCUCCACAGCCUCAUCAGGAUUCUACUAUUUUUUUUCUGUACUUAACGAUGAAGAAAUGUCGUCUUACUUGAGUUGUUAUAAACAAUAACAAUAAAAAGUGAAGAAAAGUGAUAAAUAAAAAUCAGGAAAAGGUAUGAAAGUAUUUAGGACAAUUUUGUUAGUAUUUCUUAGCUACAGUCUUCAUAAAACUUUGGGAUAUGAUGGUGACAAUGUCGGAAGUGACUCGGAAAGGACGAAACUUUUGUCACGAGCAAGGAGAACUUUAGUUUAUCAUGGAGCUUCGCAACUACUUCUAAUUUUUGGUCUAGGCACGCCCCUGCAGCUGGAUCGUGAGAGCGUGAUCGUGGGAGCAUUUACCAAACUGCUUUACACCCUUCCUGCAAAUUCCACAGACUUGACUGAACCUGGCGUAUUUUUUGAGAGAACACAAAAAAGUCGAUGGAGUAUUUACAAAGUAUUGGAAAGAAUAGGUAGUCUCUAUGGAUUUGGUGGGAAGGCCUGUUUACUUAGAGCUAUUUGUGAGGUCACAUUCACCCCUUUUGAUCACCAUCAUGGACUUCUAGGUCAACUUGUUCAAACUUUACUCACGCCCUCGAGCACGAAUGAACCAUACGACGAGCAUGAAGACCAGGAAUACCAUGCUGCAGAAAAGCUAGGUAGGCACGUGGGUGAAAACUGCCACGCCCUUUAUCCAGAAUGCCAGAGAAGCGCACUAGACGUAUUUUCCACCACGGAUCUCUUCUGAAAAGUUCGCUUUACUUCGCCAGCAAACUUUGUAAUUUUUUUUCCCCUUUUUUCUUAUAUUUCUUUUUUUUUUACUUUCCACUCUUUUCCUUCACCUCAAGCACUCUUUUCACCAUUUUCCUCGUUGUCUUAACUCCUUCGUUUUUGCAUGGUACAUUCCUCCCGCGAUUUUCAUUUACCUGAAAGUCUGGGAUUCAUGGAAUUCUCCGAGUACAGUGCUAUGAGAUUUGAGGUAAGACGACUGCCUUUGUUAGAUUAAUGAAAGAUUUUAUGAAAAAAUAAGACUACUGCCCUAUUUUUUUCAACAUUUAUCUGGCAACCAAAGCUUCUCUAGAAAUCCCCAAGUGUGAAUAAGAUUUAUUUAAUGAAAAAAAAAUUUUAAUUUCAAAUAUUGUCUUAAAAAAUGUCAGAAAGAUACAUUAAUUAUUACUAAUGUCAAAUAUUUAGUCGAGGGUAA